AUGUCACACAUUCGAGCUAGAGUCAAUGCAAAAUUAAGUUCUAUUGUUCUUGAUGCUCUAAGAGAGGCAGGACUGCCUUAUUCAUUCACUGACUCGAAUGCAAUGGUUAAUUGGGUUGAACCGAGUUAUAACUUUUUAAAUAAAUCAUUAGCAAGUAGAUCAUUAUAUGCUGUCACAAACCAAAUCACAGGAAUAGGAAUAUUAUAUUCAGGCUCUGUUUUUUCAAGAUUAUAUCAAAAAUUUUCUAGAAUUCUUCCAGAUAUUUAUGAUUAUUUACCUCCCACUUACGUUUUACCAUACCAAAAUAUGGAUUUCAUGAAGAAAAUAAAGAAAAACGGUCGAGAUAAAUUUAUUUACAGAUCUGACCCAAAAAACAAUGAGCCAGGACAAAUUCUUUUUAAUCCACCAGAUUAUAUAAUCAUGAGUGAUGACUCUGCAAUUGGCCAAAAGAAGAUAAAUAGCAUAAGUAUCGAUUGUCAAGAAAUUAAAAUUUCUGCAUUUGUUUUAAUCGCAUCAGUAUCACCAUUAGCAAUAUUUGUUUACAGAGACGGCAUUGUACAUUAUUGCAACACAAAUGAAGAACUUUAUAACGAUACAAUUGAUAAAAACAGUAGAUUCCAACCAUUAUCCGAACUUUUUGAGCGUAUUGAAAACGAAUACUCUAUCAAAGAAGCAAAAUUAUGGGAUAAUCUUCAUAGAAUCGUUGUUUCUUCGAUAUUAUUGUGUUAUCCGUACUUUAAACCAUAUAAUACGGAAAGUUAUCCAUAUAGUCACAAUUUCCAAUUGCUACAAUUUGAUUUUCUCAUGGAUACAAAUUGGAAAUUUUAUUUGAACAAAAUUGAACCAGUUAUUUCAUCAUCACACAUUAAUAUACAAGAAUACCUACUCAAAGUCAAGUUUGUUCGCGACGGAAUCCUUGCAGCUCUUCCGAUUCCGGAAAUCCAACAUAUUUUUGAUUCCAGAAGAAACUGGUGGAAGAAAACAGAUGCAAAAACAACUGGAACAACUGAUAUUUCUUAUGGAGAAACAAUUUGGCUGGAAUUUAUACAAAAUAAUCCACAAAUCGAAAAUUACCAAGCACAAUUCUUAAAAUCAGAUAAGAAAUAUGCCAAUUUCAAGCUUGCUUAUCCAUCUAAUAAAAAUAAAGAAAAAUAUUCAAAUAUUCUUCAAACCAUUGCUUCUGUUCCAUUAGAGAUCAUCAAGAAAUAA